UUAAAAUUACAAAAACACCAAACUUUUUGCAUUUUUUGUCAACGAUUUUAGUUAAUGUUAAUCUGUAAAAUACUCUAUGAAUGUGUGAUUAAUCUGGUAUUUUAACAGUGCAGUGAUAUUUCUGACUUACAGUUACAGUUAUGGAUUCGAAUUUUUUAUUUUCAUCAGACACUUCUUUACCUGCUUGUAAAUUAAAUGACAGUGAUUUUGGGAGAGAGUCUUUGGGUAUAUUGCAUCCCGAUUUCGGUAAAGAAGCACUCAAUGCUUCAGAUUUAGGACGAGAAUCUUUGGGACUGUUAAAAUUGACUGACGACAUGAAGAUUCGUAGGAGAGAAUCGUUGAAUUUUCGACGGCAAUCACUGUCAUUUUCCUUGGAUGAAUCUUUAGGGAUUCUUGAUUUGAAAGCUUUAGAAAGAAUCAACUUUUCAGACUGUGGCAAGGAAUCCAUAGGGAUAUUGAACUUAAGUCGUAUGGAUAACAAUUCAUUUGCUGUGAACUCUCAAACUUCAAACAACAAGUUUUCUGGUCUAAACCAAAUUUCCUUAAACAUACCAUCUAUUAGUAUACCGAAUGAGAAAAAACAUAAAGAGGAUAUUAUAUUAUCAUCAGUUCAGGACCAAGGGCUCGAAGACAGUGAAAAUGAAAAAUAUGAAUCACAAUUUGUGUUACAAGUGGACAAAAAUGAUGUUUUGUUUGAAUCUGUUUUGAAAGAAUCUACAUUGUUAGUUGAACAGUUAGCUAGUGAAUCUGAAUAUUGUUAUGAGGAUGCAGAGAAUUUAAAUUUGGAAGACAUAAAACCACCACAAUUUUGCGACAUUAGUUUUGAGAAUGACCCAAUAAAUAUAGAUAUUGAAUCAAAAAGUCCAACACCAACUGAAAACACUGAAAAUAUUCAAUGUGCUGUUAUAGUUGAAGAUUCACCAAAAAUUGUUGAGAAUGUUGAUAAGAGUAUAUUUAAAAAAGAAUCAGAUAAUAAAAUUCACAAAAUCACCAAAGUUGAAGGAAAUGACGAAAAAAAAAAUGUGGUUUAUUCACAAGAAAUUUUAGAUGAGAAUGAGAACAAGAAAAAACCUUCUAUUCAUUUAUUAAAAAAUAUUAAAGGAAAUGACAAUGUAACAAAACACAAUGUUGAAUUGAAAAAAACCAUAAGUUUGGAUGAAAGUACCAUUAAGAAGAAGGUUGAAACACAAAGAAUUCAACCAUUUAAAAAGGGGCCUCUUAAAGCCACUAUUCCACUGUCCAUUAUGACAAAAAAUGAGAACAUUAAACCUUCACAAACAUCUCCAAGUGAAAGGAAACCUAUUACAAGAAUACCUAAAAUGUCUCCAAUUAUCUCUAGAACUCAAAAAUCUUUUACUGGUUCCACUCCGAAUUUGAUAUUUAAACAAACCCCUGUAAAAAUGCAGAGGAGAGGAUCUGUUAGUGAGCUCCGCACCACCGAAUCGGCGACCAAAUUGAGGCGUAGCAAUUCAUUGUCGAAGGAUUCUACAAUUAUGACUGCCUUGUCGAAAGUCAGGACGCCGAGCUUUUCGCAGCGUUUGAACAGUGUUAGACAAAAAAGUGACGAAACGCCGGCCGUUUCUACCACUUCGGGGUCCAGGCUGAAGAUUCCACCAGUGAGGAGGUCAAACAAUUUUUAAAGCUGUGAACAUAAUACUCUUUAAACAUUCCACGAAUAUUUUAAUAUCUUAUAUGUAUCAAUCAAUGAAUUGUGAUAUUUAUGUGUUUAUACAAUUAAAAAUAUUUUUUUACUAA